AUGGCUGAAUCUCCCGUAUAUAAUGCAUCCCUCCCCACCGGCGGAGAUCCACUUAAGGUCAAUGUCAACCUUCAAUAUGCAGGCGUCGAGUGGAAUUAUGUGUACAUCAUCCUCUGCUCCUUCAUUGUUUUCCUGAUCAUACCCGGACUCGGUCUCUUUUAUGGUGGCCUCACACGGAGAAAGUCAGCUUUGGCAUUGCUAUUCCAGUCAUUCAUGGUUGUGGCCGUUAUCACAUUCCAAUGGAUGUUCUGGGGUUACUCGUUGGCCUAUGCCAGGGAUGCAAGCCCUUUUAUUGGCAACCUGAAGAACAUCGGGUUAAGAAAUGUCAUGAUAGCACCGUCGCCUGGUUCGGCAGAUCUUCCUGAGAUCGUAUUUUGCUUUUAUCAGCUUCUAUUCUGCGCAUGCACGGUACUGAUUCUUGUUGGCGGAGCAUUCGAGCGAGGCAACAUGAUUCCCACACUGAUAUUCAGCUUCUGCUGGGCGACCGUCGUCUACUGCCCCCUGGCCUGCUGGACAUGGAACGCCAACGGAUGGCUGUAUAAUCUUCCAUCGCUGGAUUUCGCCGGUGGAGGUCCAGUCCACAUCGCAUCUGGCUGUUCAGCAUUGGCCUAUGCCAUGGUUUUGGGUAAGCGCAGGGAUAUCGACUCGCCCAAACAGGCUAAGCCUCACAACGUUACCAUGGUCUUCUUGGGAACGAGCCUCAUCUGGACUGGAUGGCUUGGGUUCAACGGCGGUUCGACCCUCAAUGCUAGCGUGCGCGCGAUGCUGGUGGUAUUCAACACCAACACCGCUGCCGCUGCAGGAAUUAUCGGAUGGGUGCUCGUCGACUAUAUCCGGCACCGCGGAAAGUUCUCCGUGGUGGGAGCUUGUGAAGGCGCAAUCGCAGGCCUCGUGGGCAUCACACCAGCCGCCGGAUUUAUGUCAGUGUGGCUUGCAGCUCUCAUCGGCUUCCUCACGAGCAUUGUCUGCGCCCUCCUUGAAAAUAUCAAUGAGUGGAUCAACAUCGACGAGGGUCUGCAUGUAUUCAAGCUCCACGGCAUCGGCGGCAUGGUCGGUUCAUUCCUUACCGGAAUCUUUGCGUCCAAAUCCAUUGCAGCGUUAGAUGGCUUUACUGAGAUCACCGGUGGCAUUGACGGCAAUGGCAAGCAGGUUGGUAAACAGCUCGCCGAGAUCUGUGUCAUCUCGCUCUACUCUUUCAUCGUCUCCUGCAUCCUGCUCUAUAUUAUGAAGUAUAUCCCAGGGAUGCAGUUGCGCGUGGAUGAGGAAGUGGAAAUGGUUGGCUUGGACCGGGCACAGUUUGUUGACGAGCAGAUCGGUGAGCGGGGGCUUCUCGAGGGUUUCUAUGGGGCUUCAUCGCCCGGGAGCGUACUCAAUGGGCAGUUUCCCGUGGUAGUUGGCUCCCAGGAAGUGCCAGCCCAGGAAGACAAGAAGUAG